CUAUAUAAAAGCCUCCGCCCCCUUUGUAUCUUCGUUUCAGGGUCUCCAAGUCUGCUGAGUAACGAGAAGAACGAGAAGAACACCUAUCUUUGAUUGAAAACACAGAGAGAAGCUUGAGAGAAAAAUGACGGGUGAGCUAGAGUUACCGCCGGGGUUCAGAUUUCAUCCGACAGACGAGGAGUUGGUGAAUUUUUAUUUGUGUAGGAAAUGUGCAUCGCUGCCUCUGGCUGUUCCGAUUAUUAGGGAGAUUGAUCUGUACAAGUUUGAUCCAUGGCAGCUCCCAGACAUGGCUCUUUACGGUGAAAAGGAAUGGUAUUUCUUUUCCCCAAGGGACAGAAAAUAUCCAAACGGUUCACGACCGAACCGGGCAGCUGGAACCGGAUACUGGAAGGCGACCGGAGCGGACAAGCCCAUUGGCAAGCCAAAACCACUGGGAAUAAAGAAAGCACUCGUUUUCUACGCUGGCAAAGCCCCUAAAGGAGUCAAAACCAAUUGGAUCAUGCACGAAUACCGUCUGGCUAAUGUGGAUAGGUCGGCUGGCAAGAAAAACAACUUGAGGCUGGAUGAUUGGGUCUUAUGUCGAAUUUACAACAAGAGAGGUACAGUGGAGAAAAACUAUGGUGCGGACCAAAACAUGACAAACUUCCAAGAAAUCGAGGAGACAAAACCAAAAAUUGAGAUGUCCGGCCAGAACAUGAACAUGAACAUGAACAUGGUAGCAUCCUCGUUAAAAACACCAGCAAUGAUCAUGAGCGACCAAUUACACAUGGACACGUCGGACUCCGUGCCAAGGUUGCACACCGACUCGAGCUCCUCGGAGCACGUGGUGUCACCCGAAUUCACGUGCGAGAGGGAGGUCCAAAGUGAACCCAAAUGGAAUGAGCUAGACAAUGCCUUUAAUUAUUUGGAGUUCAAUUACAUGGAUGGCUUUUCGGAUGACCCUUUUGCCCCUCAGCUUCAGUUUCAAAUGGAUCAGCUGUCACCUCUUCAGGACAUGUUCACGUAUCUACAGAAGCCCCUUUAAUCCGACGGUUUCAAAUCAUUUUAUUCAUUGUAGGGUAAUAUCAACCGGAUACCUGCACGUGGUCGUGGACCCAGGCAGUCUUUGUCUGCGUUUGUGCGCGUGCGACUAAUAUUAAUAGUCCUCUUAAGUCUCCUAGAAAUUAGCACGAAUUUGUUAAGAUUAUUUAUGGGCCAUUGAUCAAAAUGGGCCUUGGUCCAAAGAAAGAGAUCAGCUGCAAUUUGGAUGAGCUAUAUCUACAUUUGAAUAUUUGAUCGUGGGGUGGAGAAGCCGAAGCAUUAUGAUCAACGGUUUAGGUGAUGUGUUAUAUUAUCCACGUGUUAAUAAAUAUGUAAUGACCCCAGUCCACUUACUAAAAAAAGAAUGUACUGACCCCUGUAGGCUGCAGGAUAUUCUUUUUAUCUUUCAAAAAUGUUGCUGAAUUCUUUCAUACCUAUAAUGUAAUAUAUGUAAUAUAUAUGUAUUUUUUAUUCAGAAACAAAUGUCGAGACAUUUUUGUUUUUAUUUA